UCCUGGUGUGUCAGUAGAGCUGCUGUCUGUCUGUCAGUGAAGACGCUGUGUGAGACUCGAUCUGACACUCUUCUGCUGGGAUUGAGCUCUUCUCUUCUGGAGACUGGACUUUAGAGAAAUGAUGCUGAUCUUUGGACUGAUGCUGCUGCUGCAAACUGCUGCAUCUGCUAUUGGCUCAGUGAAUGUGUCAAUCAUCUGCUCCUCCAGUGGGGUGAUGAGGGUGUCCUGCUCCUCUGAGGGGGAUCAGCUCCUCUACAACUGGACUCUGAAUGGAGGUCCACUGAUGGAUGGAAACAACAGCAUUGAUCUGGAUGAGAGAACUGAUGGAGACAUCAGCUGCAGCGUGAAGAACCACGUCAGUCACGCACAGAAGACCAUUAGACUAGUCUGUCCAACUGUGUGUUCAGUGUCUGUGGUGUUUGUUCUGGUCUGGUGUCUUCAGCUGAUGGUUCUGUUCGGUCUGUUAGGAGCUUUUCACAUCUACAUGAGACACACGUCAGGAAAGAAAGAGGAAGAUGAUAAAGUGAGAAUGAGAAGAUUUAGAGAAGGACAUGAACACACAGCAGAAGAUUCAUGAGAGCAGCAGCAGAUCUUCACAUCUGUGAGAAAUGACUUCAGAAUCAGUCCAGCUUUCACCUGUCAACA